AGGAAGUUCAGGGGCACAUCAUGAAGAAAUAAAGAACAAGUGUGUAAUGGAAGAGGAAAACAAGAACACAGACAACUAGACCAGCAACCCGGCCAAAGAGAAGAAAUGGCCUCAUCCAGCGAGGAGCCCAACAGCUCCAACAUACAGAGCUUAGCAGCACAAAAGAUGGCAACACCUACAGAGGUCCUCUUGGAGUGUUUGGAGGAUUUAGGAUCUGAGGACUUUGAAUUAUUCCAGUGGUACCUGUAUCAGCAGGGGGUCCUUGAAGACUUCAAAUCAAUCCCCAAGGGUCACCUGGAGAAAGCAAACAGAAUUAAAACAGUGGAUCUGAUGUUCGAGAGCUACUCUAUAAAGGCUAUUAAAGUGACCAAAAUUAUUUUAGGGAAGAUGAAUCAGAAUGAUCUACUGAAACGUUUGUCACUCCUCCCAGAACCUAAAGGAGCCUUUCAGUAG